UCGAAGUGGUAUACACAUCAUAUUCAAGGUUACGAAUUUUGAGCCAUCGAACAUCAAAGGCGGCAUCAAAGCUUUCGCAUCUAUAUUUAAUCUGUGGUGUGGAUUGAAUUCUGAAGUUCGUAAUUUGGGUUGUAAAUAUUUUUCUUUUGAUAUAGUGAAGUGGAAACCUUUUUUGCGAAUUUUUAAUAACGAUAAUAAUAAACGUAUGGAGUUGGAUAUUAAUCAAGGGACGAUGGAAAGACAGGGUAGUUGUUUACUCUUACGGUCUGCAAGUCAAAAUUCUUUGGAUGAAAGUUCACAAAAGCACAUAUCCCAAAUUCAUCCGCACACCAAAGAGCGCCCUCCGUACAAAAAUCACCUCCAUACCCAAAAGGCUUUCGAUGUUAUGAAUGUUAUGAGGAAACAAAGACUUCUUUGCGAUGUCACCCUAGUAGCCGAUACUGUAGAAAUACCAGCCCACAAAAUGGUUUUAGCUGCGUGUUCUCCAUACUUUUUCGCGAUGUUUUCAAGUUUCGAAGAAAGUCGGCAAGACCGAAUAGUUCUUCAAGAAGUGGAUCAUCAAGCUCUUUCUCUCUUAGUCGAAUACGUUUACACCUCAGAAGUGCAUGUUACUGAAGAAAAUGUGCAAGUGUUACUGCCAGCAGCAAACUUACUACAGCUCACUGAUGUUAGAGACGCUUGCUGCGAUUUUUUACAGGCGCAAUUGCAUCCGACAAAUUGCCUGGGUAUUAGAGCUUUUGCAGACCUCCACGGCUGUUUGGAUCUUCUUUCCCAUGCAGAAUCCUACAUCGAAUUGCAUUUCCCGGAAGUCGUGGAGUGUGAAGAAUUUUUGACACUCUCACAACUGCAAGUGUCUAAACUGAUUUGUAGUGAUAGGUUAACUGUACCUUCCGAAGAAAAAGUAUUUGAAUGUGUUAUCGCUUGGGUUCAACACGACCUCGAAAACCGUCAGAAACAUCUAUCUUCUUUGAUGGAACAUGUUCGUUUACCGUUAAUGUCUCAAGAAUAUCUCGUGCAGCAUGUCGAAGAAGAACCUCUUUUGAAAGCCGAUCUUCAAUGCAAAGACUAUCUCAUCGAGGCUUUGAAGUAUCAUCUACUAAAAGGCGAUACGAAAACCUCCUUUCGUACCCCUAGGACCAAACCUAGACAACCAGUAGGCCUACCGAAAGUUUUGCUAGUAGUCGGGGGUCAAGCUCCAAAAGCUAUAAGAAGUGUGGAGUGCUACGAUUUCAAAGAAGAACGUUGGUUUCAAGUAGCAGAAAUGCCGACUAGGAGAUGCAGAGCUGGGCUAGCAGUAAUGGGUGGAAAGGUGUAUGCUGUGGGAGGCUUCAACGGGUCCUUGAGGGUGAAAACUGUCGAUGUAUACGACGCCUCUUCCGACGUUUGGACCAGCUGUGACAGCAUGGAGGCUCGGAGAUCUACUCUAGGGGUAGCUGUACUGAAUAAUUGUAUUUAUGCAGUUGGAGGGUUUGACGGAUCUACAGGCCUAAACACAGCUGAAAUGUUCGAUACACAAACAUGUAAGUGGAAAACGAUAAGCGCCAUGUCGACUAGAAGAAGCAGUGUUGGCGUUGGGGUCCUUUAUGGACAACUUUAUGCUGUAGGAGGAUAUGAUGGUGCGUCCAGGCAAUGCUUGAGCUCUGUCGAAUGUUACACUCCGGAAACAGAUUCUUGGACAUCCGUUCCUGAUAUGUGUUCCAGACGAAGUGGAGCAGGAGUGGGAGUCCUGGAUGGCAUUCUUUAUGCAGUUGGAGGCCACGAUGGGCCUCUAGUACGCAAGUCUGUUGAGGCUUACGAUCCUGCCAAGAGCAAAUGGACUCCUGUAAGUGAGAUGGCCCUUUGUCGUCGAAAUGCAGGCGUUGUAGCCAUAAGCGGCUUGCUGUACGUUGUGGGAGGAGAUGACGGAACCAGCAAUUUAUCCUCUGUUGAGGUAUACAAUCCAAAAACUGAUUGUUGGAUCAUGUUGCCCAGCUGCAUGAGCAUUGGCCGAAGUUAUGCAGGUGUGGCAAUAAUAGAUAAACCGAUAUGAAGGUCACCUAAUGCUGGCAAUGUGGUUUCAGUUUCGGUUCUCCCAGAGAGAUACGGAUGUUUCGAUGAGAACAGUAAUGCCGAAGGUGCUGUUGGCUACGAAACCCGUCAGUCUCCUUUACUGCACAGAGAGAACAUUUACGAAACAAUCUGCGUUGAAGCCAGUGCCAGCAAUGAUUUGGAGGAAAACAUAUAUGAGACUAUAGAAGACAUCAGGCAGCAACAAGUGGAUGCACAACUCCCUGAAGAUCCCACUUAUGAUUUGAAUAUUGAUCAACCAAGUUGCAGCAGCACUUAUGGGAGGAUUGGAAAUGCUUACGGUAGAAUCGAUAUUAUUGGGCAUGGCAUAGGACGAAUCGAAAGGCAUCUGUCUUCUUCGUGUGGUUCGAUCAACAGUAAUCAUUAUGCAAUUGAGAGUUUGUAUGGAACAAAAGAUGGCACUGGGCGCAUUAGCAAGGUUUCCGUUCAGUGGCUCUUGGCCAAUAAGUGGCUACCAUUAUGGAUUGCAAACACAGAAACUGGAAGGGAUUACAGGAUAAUAGAUUUUUUGAUAGCUCAAGGAUUGGAGAGGGGGGAAGAAGAAAUGAGAAAUGAAGAGGAAAUGGUAAAGGGUGAGGAAGAAGAGGAGCAACAGCUACCAGAAGAUAUAUAGUAUAAAUGUUUUCUGUUUGCAGAAGUAAUUCCGCUGAUUUUUGAAACUUGAAAAUUCAUUCUCACUUAUAGUAUUCAAAUAGAAUUUCAAUUGAUUGCAGGUUAAAUGAAUAGAUAGAUGUCAAUAAAGGUAAUUUUUAAUAUUGUAUUGAAAUUUUAAAUU